AUGACCAACCAUCCAGCAAAGGAGCUGAAGGAGCUCCAUGCCCCCUCAAAGCCACUCGUCCUUUCAAAUGUGUGGGACCUCGCCUCCCUCAAUGCCAUUCUCUCCCUCAACACCAGCGACUCGAAGCCCGUGAAAGCGAUCGCGACAGCCUCCUGGGCCAUUGCGGCGAUUCUGGGAAUCAAAGACGAGGACCUCACGCUGGAGCAAAACCUAGCCGCUAUCGCACAAAUCGCCCCCGCCGUCAAGGCUGCAGGGCUUCCACUCACCGUCGACAUCCAAGACGGCUACGGCGAAAACAUCGAAGACGUUGUGAAGAGGGUCAUUGAACUCGGAGCUGCGGGCGCGAAUAUCGAGGACAGCAUCCCGUCGGCUGGGUUUGGACAGGGCAUUGAGGGGUCGUUGUACGAUGCCGACAUCCAGGUCAAGCGUCUCAACAGGGCUUUUGCAGCGGCAAGGGAGGCCGGAUGCCCUGACUUUGUGAUCAAUGCGAGAUGCGACAUCUUCAGGCUGGAACCGCACUACUCCAAUGACGAUGAGAGUGCAUUGGAGGAGGCUGUUGAGAGAGGCAGGAAGUACCUCGAAGCGGGAGCGACGACGGUCUUCUACUGGGGCGGCAUGGGCCGGGGAUUGCGGACGUCGGAGGUUAAGGUGCUUGUGCGGGAGCUAUCGGGUCGGGUUGCGGUGAAGUUGGGUGAUCAACCUGAUUCAUUGUCAACGGACGAACUUGCGAAGAUUGGGGUGGUUAGAAUUAGCGUUGGCCCCAGUUUGUACCUUGUUGCGAUGAAUGCAAUGAAGUAUACGGCGAGAAGAAUACUGUCAGGAGGCAAGCUAGCGGCAUGA